AUGACGUGUUCAAAGUUAUUUUCAGGAGAUUUACCAGAGUUAAUAGACGAUAUUAUACAAUAUUUUCAUUAUGAUUAUAAAACAUUACAUUCGUGUAUAUUGGUUAAUAGAUUAUGGUGUAGUUUAGCAAUCCCAUUAUUAUGGGAAAAUCCUUUUUCAAGUCCAACUAAAAAUUAUCAUUGUAUUGAAAUUUAUUUACAUUAUUUAAAUGAUGAUGAUAAAACGAAAUUAAAUGAAUAUGUAAUUCAUAAUGAAUUAUUUCCUACAAAUACAUUAUUUAAUUAUCCUAAAUUCAUUCAACAUUUAAAUACAUAUGAAGUUUAUAAUUCUAUUGAAGAAUGGUUUGAAGCUGUUAGUUAUCCAAUACUCAAACCAACCAAAAAGUCAGUUUUCAAUUAUUCUAUGAAAAAAGCAAAUUUAUCAUAUAGUUCACAAUUGUUAAAAUUUAAAAACCUAGUUUUUAGGUCAUUAUUUCUAUUAUUCAUUGAAACCGAAGUCAAUUUGCAUAGUUUUGAAGUUAUUUCUGUACAUAGCGAUGUUGAUAAGAUUAUUGAAUUAACUUUACAAAAUCCAAAUUUCAUUUUUAAUAUCAAAAAUUUUAAAUUAGCCAGUAAUGUGAUGAAUAAUAAUAUAACAAGACUUUUAACAUUAAUCUAUUCUAAUUGCAAUUCAAUCUCAUCACUUUAUUUUCAAUUUCCAAUAUAUGAAAAGGAUCAUUCAAUAAUUGAAAUAGUUGAAAAAAGUUUAUCACAAAUAAUUAAAUCUCAAGUAAAUCUUAGAAAGAUUUCAUUUAAUUGUAAUGGUUACUCAUUAAACCAUUCCUUACUAUCAUUAAAAAACUCCAAUUGCUUAAAUACAUUAAAUACAAUUGUAUUUUGUUAUGUUGAUUUUAAAAAUAUAGAUAUUUUAAGUGAAGUAUUUAAUCAAUUGAAUGUUUUAGAAUCAAUUCAUAUUCUUUAUUGUUAUUCUCUAGAUUCUAAAUUUAUUCAACAGAUUAUUAAUAUUACAAAACCAUUUAAAUUAAAAUCUUUAUUUUUGAAUAAAAUGGAUGAAUUAUUAGAACCAUUAAUACAAAAGUCUGGCAGUUAUUUAGAAAAUCUUGUCCAUAAUUCCCAACCAUUACCACAAUUUAUUAUAAAAUAUUGUAGUAAAAUUAAAAUUUUGUCUUCUUCUUUGAGAUAUAUUCAAAAUAAUUAUUUAGAAUUCAACUUAAUUGAAAAUAUUAAACAAAAUCUUAAUUAUCUUAUAAUUGAUGGUACCACUCGCUAUUUUGAUAGUAUUGAAGAUAUUGUUGAUAAUAAUAUUGAUGAUUGUAUUGAAUCAAGUUCAAAUAUAUUACAAAAUUUGGGACAAAUUCUUCCUUUUAAAUUAGAAUAUUUGGAAUUGCGUCUUGCAAUUAAUGGAAGUGAUUUGGAAACAUUUUUAAAAAAUUCUCAAAAUACCUUUAUUAAAAAAUUGUUAAUCAAAAAUAUUAAAGUAACAGAUGAUAUUAUUCUUUAUAUAAAGGAAUAUAUUGUGAAAAAGAAAAGGGUUAAAUAUUUGUCUAUUAUAGAAAGUAUUAAAUUUGGGCGUUUUUAUUCUCUGUGUUAUGAGAUGAAGGGAUUUGAAUUGUAUGGUAUUCAAGUUUUAAAUUAUUUUGAUUUGUCAAUAGAUUUGUCAAUACAUUUAUUUGAUUUUGUACAAGAACUAAUUAAGGAAUAAAGUUUACUUUUUUCAUGAUAUUUUUUUAUGUUAUUACACUUUUACCAGUGUGUAUAAUAAUCUUGAUUUAAAGAACUUGUCCUAUAGGACCGU